AUGGGGAAUCUGUCGCACAACACUGAUAUUCUGACCAUGGAAGGACUGGAGAUUGCAGAGUCAUCCACAUAUCCAGUGUUUUUCACAUUGCUCAUUGUGUACAUCGCACUGCUCGUAUCCAAUGUUGGUGUUCUGGUUAUCAUUGUUGCAGAGAGAAAGCUGCACCAGCCCAUGUACUUGCUCUUUUGCAACUUGUCUGUCAAUGACAUUUUAGGCAACACCAUCCUAAUGCCCCGUGUGCUGUUGGACAUUGUUUCAAAAGAGAAGCUCAUUUCCUACAGCACUUGUGUCACGCAAGCGUUUUUCAGCCACACGUAUGGCUCAGCCUCACACACCAUACUCAUCGUCAUGGCCAUUGAUCGCUAUGUGGCCAUAUGCAACCCACUGAGGUACAGUUCUAUAAUGACCACCAAGGCUGUUGUACUCUUGUCCUUUUUUGCUUGGGGCGUUUCUGUCGUGUUGGUUGGUGUCUUGCUGAGCCUAACCAUAAGGCUCUCCCGGUGCAGAUCCCAUAUUAUGCAUGCUUUCUGUGACAACGCGUCCCUGUUCAAGUUGUCCUGUGAGGACGUGACCAUUAAUAAUAUCUACGGGCUGUUUUACACCGUGGUGUUGUUCUCCUCAUCUAUGGGUACUGUGGCUGUCACGUAUCUCAGAAUUGCAGUCAUAUGCUGGACAAAGAAAAGUGCUGAGCUCAACAGCAAGGCCAUCCAAACGUGUGCAAGUCACCUGGUGUUGUAUUUGAUCAUGCUACUGACUGGAUAUGUUGUGAUUAUCAUGCAUCGGUUCCCUGAACAGGAGUUUGUAAGAAAACUCAUGGCUGUUCUUUUUCAUGUUGUGCCUGCCCAUUUGAACCCUGUCAUUUAUGCUUUCCAGACUAAACAUCUAAGGGUGAAAAUACUUCAAAUAUUUGGUAGAAAGGUCGCACACAGUUGA